AUGACAGAAACAAUAAAUUUAAAUUUAGAUUUGAAUGAAGAUUUAGAUAAAAAUGAAAAGAUUAAUCAAAUGCUUCAAAAUAUAUUUCAAAACUUGCAAGAGUUAAAAACAAAAAUGAUUGUAAAUAAAAGUAAAAAUAAAGAGUUAUUUCAAGUUGGAACAGAGAUUAUAAAACAAUCUACAACUUCAAAUAAUAAUACACCAAUAAUAACGAGCGAAAAACAAGUUGGUCAUACACUACCAACUAUUGUAUCAUUAGAAAGCAAUAAUAAUAAUAAUAAUAAUAAUAGUAAUAAUAAUAGUAAUAACAAUAAUAAUCAAAAUAAUGUAAAUAUAGAAAAAAUGGAAAAUCAAAUUAAAGAACAACAAAAUGAAAUUACAGAAUUAAAAGAAAAAUUAAAACAAUUUAAUUUAGAAAAGGAUAAUAAGAUUGAAAUAAAUCAAUUAUCUACACAAAUAGAUCAAUUACAAAAAGAAAAGAAAAAUAGGACGGCAGAGUCAUCUUAUUCAGAUAUAAAAUCAUCUUUAGAAACAUUAAUUGAAAAAGGAAGACUACAAAUGAAAUCACUUUUAUAUGAAAAAUCAAAAUCAGAACAAUAUAGUAAACAAUUUGACCAAGAAAGAGAUAUAAAUACUCAAUUAAGAAAAGAGAAUUUACAUUUAAAAUCAAAAUUACAAGAAAUGUUAUUUUUAUUACAAAAAGCAUCUGAAGAGGAUGAAGAAUAUUAUUUAUCCUAUUCAAAUGAAUUAUAUAAAGAAAACCAAUUAUUAAGAGAAUUAUUAGGAAUUUCCAAAGAAAUGAAAAAUAUAAAAACUAUAAAUAAAAAUGAUAACCACAAUAAUAAUAAUAAUAAUAAUAGUAAUAAUAGUGAAAAUAAAAGUAAUAAUUGUAGCAAUAGUGUUAUUUAUAAAGGUAGUAGUUCCAAUAAUAAUAGUAAUAAUAAUAAUGAAAAUGGAAAUGGAGUUGAAAAUAGUGAAAAUAUUAUAGACGAAGAAACAAAUAAUGGUAAUUUAGAUAAAGAAGAGGAUUCAAUAGUAUAUAGUAACUUAAAUUUAAACUAA